UUCUUCUCAACCCAAACACAACCGCCAGCAAUACUUCCUCCUCUGCUCCUCAUCCUGGCCCUCUGAGUGAGGUUAUACAAUAACAAAUCUGCAAUGUCGUCGGAUAUAAUAACCAUCCACACACGGGUUUCUUCAGAUCUACAUACCCCGCGUCCAACUGAACCAAUAAGGCCCCUGUUUGAGGACAAUGAGUCGGAAAGUGAACUGGAAGAGCCCCCUCAGUCCAUAGUGGAGAAGCUUCACCUCCCCAAUCGUAUUGCCCUUCAUGUGACAACAGAUGGCCGUGACGACUGCAAAGUUGACUUCGAAUGCAACGACUUGAAAUGGGGAAUCGAAAUAUCAUCCUCCUCCACCUACCCAACUCUCCACGACGAUGUCCUGUCAUUCAGAUACUACGUCAAUGAGGAUAAUCAAGAAGAAUACGCACUCUUCAAAGUUUGGGUCAUGCUGUUUUGGUAUUUUCAGUUGCCUGCCCCUUCUGCAGACUUGAUACCGAAUAAACAAGGCAGCCCUCGGGGAAGCUGGCAGGUUCACUUCAAUAACACCGGACCCUUCUUCAAGUUGGCCAACCUACAAGCCGUUGAGGCUGCAGGGUUGGUAUCGUUCCCCGAUUCUGGAGCAGCAUCCGGUGAAUGGAUCGGAGCCUAUGCCACCAGGGUGGGCUUCUGGCAGUUACCGCCCGAGCCGUUCCUGAACCCGGUUUGCACGUCUAAGAAGCCCUUACACAUGCCAAAACCGGUGGAGUACACUUUCACCGAUCGUGUUAGGCACCCAGUCCGACCCCGCCCUCAGCCUAACGGUGACAUGUAUACCAGGUGGAUUCCAUCAUUUGGGCAAUUCCUCACUUUCAGACUGACAGACUUGGACGAAGAUACGGAGGUGGUGCACAGAUGGAUGAACGACCCUAGGGUUUCCAUGUUCUGGGGGGAGGAAGCUGAGGAUCCGGAAAAGACGAGGUCAUUCCUGAAAAAGGGAUUGGGAUCUAAGCACUUUUUCCCGAUAAUCGGAUGUUGGGACGAUGAACCUUUCGGGUAUUUUGAGGUUUACUGGGUUAAGGAAGACGCGCUGGGACGGUAUGCCAGCGAUGUGGAUAUGUGGGAUAGGGGUGUGCAUUGUUUGGUUGGGGAACAGAAGUUUAGGGGGCCGCACAGGGUGGGGGUUUGGAUUUCUGGCCUAGUGCAUUUCAUGUUUCUCGACGAUCCAAGAACGCAGACGGUGAUGCUCGAACCAAGGGUUGACAAUACAAAGUUCAUCAAAUACCUUGUGGACGCCGGGUUCUACAAAGAAAAGGAGUUUGCAUUCCCACACAAGCAGGCGGCACUUAUGAAGCUCAAGAGGGAAGCGUGGGAGGGACCACUGUGUUAACUUCCACAUGCAGAAGUACCGGUACUGUACAGCAAUUUUUAGAUCGAGAUGACACAAGUAGACGGGAACAAUUUAGAUGGCGGCUCGUUCGCAAACCUACCGCACCGCAGCUAGAAGAGUGGGACAGAGUCCAAUUGCAUCCCCGCAGUGGCACCACGUGCCAUGGCGAGCAUCCUUGGCGGGGGGGGCCUAUCGUAGUUGAAUUUUUUUUUCUUCGUGGUAUAUAACACGGGUAGUCAUCUGCUGUACAAAACCCCAUGUCUCCUCUCCUACCGGUAUCAUUUAGACCCCCAUCACCGAACGAACAAACAAACAAUGGCCACCAAAAUCGACCCGACAGCCCUCCUCGCUCACCCCCUUCCCGUGCGCAACCUCAUCCUCCAAAUCCCGCCUAGAAUCCUCACCCCACUCCUAACCCACCACGCUCAAGCCUUUGAGCCACAGGGCGCAGUCGUAACCUCCAUAACGCCGACCCGAAUAACAAUAGAUUACCUUCAACCGCUACGCGAGGUCUGGUACAACCCUAUCCCCCGCACGGCCACCAUCCCCUUCACCCCGCCUCUUCCGCCCCUCCCCGCGAACGCAGCGGACGAGCAGGCCAACUUCGACUGGGAGGAAGCAUGUGCUACACGGCUUAAAGAGAUGUCUACCGCCAGUGAAAAAGUCAUUGAUAACCGCUCCGACAUCGUCGUUACGCGGUACUUGCCGCCGACGUCGCCGGGAUCGUUCUUUGCCAUGGGCUGGUUUGUGGCGCUGUCGUUUGUUAUCGCGCUUUGGAUUUUCCGCGGGAGGGAGGCGCCGUAUGUUGGUGGCUUCCUGGCGGAUAAGGUUUGGAAUGUUGACUGGAAGUUUGAUGUCACUGCCGUGGUGCAUGCUGGGAUAUUGGUCAAGAAGUGUCGCGAUGUGGUUAAUUUGGCCGGGAGGUUGAGGGUACACGGGGUCGAUCGCCGGCGCGGGGUGUGGGCGCUUUGGCUAGUUAACGUGGCGCUCGAGGGGUGGAGGUGUGCACAGCGGUUUGAGGGGGAGGUCAGGAGGGUGGGGAGGGGUUU